CAACAACAUCACCAUCAAUAUCUUAUUGAUAUCAUCAUCACCUCUCUCUCUCUCUCUCUCUCAGGGAACCCCCCAUCAAACAACACAACCAAAACCACCACCAACAAUCAACUACCACCAUCACCAACUACAAUCCAGACCACAAUAAAGAAAGAUCAAGAAGGAAAAUGACGAAAUCCACCCAAACCCGCCUCCAAAACGACUUUGGCGCUGACCUCUGGGUUCGCCAAUCGACUGUUCAAGGACGGCACGCAACAUCCGGCCGAGGCCUCUUCGCUGGCCUGCAAGACGUCAAACAAUACAACGUGGAGAACGGAUUUGCCGCUCGCGGGGAGGGCCAGGGGACGGGGUUGAUAGGGUUUUUGUGGAGUCGUAUAAUGGGUGGUUCGUAUCGGCCGCCGUCGAAUUAGACCCUACCUUUUUGUUUUUUCUUUGUUGGAUGUUUUGAGGGUAGGAGAUGGGUUGCUUCUUUCUUCCUACUUUUGUUUACUGUUUAGAUGAUUAGAUGUUUUGUUUGUUUGUUGUGUGUUUUGUGAUUAGCUGGAGCUGGGAUACCUUGUUUUUUGUUUCUAUAUUUUAUAUCUUAUGUUAUAGGUUAUAGGUUACUACCUAUACUUCUCAUACUUCGCA